CAAUAUCAGUAUGUCACUUGAAAUGCGUCGACUCGGUUUGCUUGGUCGUAUCGUCGUCGUGAUUGUACAGGGCAAGAAGUGAAUCCUUCCGCUAUCGGACUCGGACUUACGAUUCUGGUGGUUCUGUAGCGUUUCGCGGCUCGGAAGUUUCCCGCAGAUCUAGGUAGCCAGUUUUAUUUCAACUGGAAACACGGUGGUGACGGCUAGCUUCUGCCUACCGUCGGGUGUUGAUUUUUCCGGUUCGGUUGGCAGUACAACGAUUUUCAGGGGGCCUGCCGUGGAAGAAAUCAAUUCAAGGCUCCUCCGGUGGAGCGAGAGUAGCAGCCCCAACGAAAGAGAAAGAGAGUUCCGAACGGUGGCGUGUUUUUUUUUCGGAAGUAUUGUGUGCGUGCGGAAUUCAGCGUAAAAAUUACGUCUUGAAAUUCACUAUUCAUUUCGAAUAGGUGUCGUGUAACGCGUGCAGGUGCCAAAUAGAGCAUCAGGUGUAUCUGCAGGAAAGUGAUAGUUGGAAGUCAGAGGCUGGCUCGAGAAGUAUUGUGCUCGAUUGAUUGCUGGUUGCUGUCUUCCCCGCUGGUGCGGGUGUAGUGGUGCCUGCCACAUUGUGUUUGUGUUGCGUUAAGUUUUGGUUAUUGCUUUCUUCACCUAUCGAGUUUGCCCCAACAGCGACGGGGUGCUGUGCUGACGGCAACUGGCGGGUGUUCAUUCUGUUGCAGUUUUUUUUUGCACUGCAAAAAGAUUGACGUAACCUCGUGUGGUGCCGUUCGUAUAUAUGCGAAGCAAUCGUAACAGUGUCUGUACGGGCAGAAAUUAACCUCAAAGCACGCAGUGUAUAGUUUUUUUUGUUGUGUAUUGCACGAAAUUCACAAUUGGAGCAAAAACAAAUCAUUCCGGUGUUUUGUGUAAGCUGUUAAGUGGAUUGCUCAAAGUUUAUUGAUAGUGUUGUUUUUUGUGUAUAAUCUAAUGUGUUGAAGAACCGUUCGACAGUUAGUGUUUGAAACCAUGACCCUGUCACUGCGUUUGCUAGUGCUAGGGGCACUAGUCCUGCUUGCAGCAGGACCGUUAGCGGGAGCCAACAAAUUGUUGGGCUCGCCAGGUCGGGAUGAUCCGGCCCUACAGAAUGGAGAGACCCUUCAAAGUAACAUGUUGCCUGAAGAAGAACCGUUGCAUGUAACCAAAGGACCCAAGAAAAUAACGGCUAGCAAACCGGUGAAGAAUCCUGCAGACAAGGGGAUGCCGCCGUUGAUGAAAGGAUCCGCUAAUGAAUUGAACACGACCCUGCAGUGCUUGGAGAGGCAAUUCCACUGCAAUGACGGUCACUGCAUCCACGUCAGUUUCAUCUGCGAUGGCGAGGCGGAUUGUGCUGACGGAAGUGACGAGGAUCCGCGCGAGUGUAAAAUUACAGAAACCAGCUGUUCCGAUGAUAAGUUCCGCUGUAAAAGCGGUCGGUGCAUCCCAAAGCAUUGGCAGUGCGACGGUGAGGACGAUUGUUCCGACCAUUCGGAUGAGGAUCCGGAAAAGUGCCAGCACAAAACCUGUCCAUUCAACGAAGUAAUGUGCAAAUCCGGCGAUCGGUGCAUCCCGAAGGCUUGGCUUUGCGAUCGGGAUAUCGACUGUCCGGACCGCUCGGACGAAAAGGAUUGUAAAAGUAAGGUUUGCUCAUCGGAGGAAUUCACCUGCCGCAGUGGAACCGGAACGUGCAUCCCGCUGGCCUGGAUGUGCGACCAGAACAAAGACUGCCCGGACGGAUCGGACGAAAUGUCGUGCAAUGAAACCUGUCGCUCGGAUGAGUUUACCUGCGCCAAUGGGCGUUGUUUACAGAAGCGGUGGCAGUGCGACCGGGAUGAUGACUGCGGAGAUAACAGCGACGAGAAGGGUUGCCAGCCAACGACGUGCGAUCCACUGAAACAGUUUGCCUGCUCGGAAAGCUAUUGCAUUACGGCCAAAUGGCGCUGUGAUGGCGAACCGGACUGCCCCGAUGGAUCGGACGAAAGGGGUUGCUCCAAUUCAACUCCCCCGGUGGUGAACCCGUGUCUGUCGUUGGAGUAUCAGUGCAAUGAUCGAAUUACUUGUAUUCACAAGAGCUGGAUUUGCGAUGGGGAAAAAGAUUGCCCUCAUGGCGAUGACGAAAUGCCACCAAUCUGUCAAAAUGUUACCUGUCGACCGGAUCAGUUCCAGUGUAAGAAGGACAAGACCUGCAUCAACGGACGUUUCCACUGUAAUGGGAAACCGGAUUGUUCGGAUGGCAGUGACGAGCUGGAGUGUGCGGAACGACCGGCUGUUAAGUGUAAUCCAAAGACGGAAUUCGACUGCGGGGGAGGAAUGUGCAUUCCACUGUCUAAGGUUUGCGAUAAAAACGCGGACUGCCCAGAAUUCCAGGAUGAACCGACGGAUAAGUGCGGCAAGAAUGAGUGUUUGCAAAACAAUGGCGGCUGCUCGGAUAUUUGUGUUGAUACGCCCGCUGGAUUCUAUUGCGAUUGUAAGCAGGGCUUCCAACUAGUGAACAACAGAAGUUGUGAGGAUAUCGAUGAAUGCCAGGAAUCGGGCUCAUGUUCGCAACAGUGUACCAAUGAAAUCGGUACAUUUAAGUGCGAAUGUAUGAGUGGAUACCUGCGGGAUCCACGGGAUCACACCAAGUGUAAGGCGACUGAAGGACACGCUUCGCUUCUGUUCGCAAGGCGACAUGAUAUCCGGAAAAUUUCCUUGGACCACCGUGAAAUGACAUCGAUCGUGAAUGAUACCAAGUCUGCUACGGCGUUGGAUUUUGUGUUCCGCACCGGAAUGAUCUACUGGAGUGAUGUUUCCGAGCAGCGAAUCUACAAGGCACCGAUUGAUGAGGGAUCAGAUAAAACAGUGGUGGUUAAAAGCCAAACCGUCACCUCAGACGGUCUGGCUGUUGAUUGGAUCUACAACCAUAUCUACUUUACUGACAUUAAAAAAUCGACCAUCGAACUGACCAACUUCGAUGGGAACAUGGGAAAAAUUCUGAUCAAAGACGAUUUGGAGAUUCCUCGGGCAAUCGCACUGGAUCCAAUCGAUGGAUGGAUGUACUGGACUGAUUGGGGCACCAGCCCGCGAAUUGAACGUGCCGGUAUGGAUGGAACGCAUCGACAGGUUAUCGUCAACUACGAAGUUAAAUGGCCUAAUGGAAUCACGUUGGACUUGGUGCGAAAGCGAGUCUACUGGGUUGAUGCCAAGUUAAAUGUCAUUUCAUCGUGCAACUACGACGGUACGCAGCGGACGGUUGUGCUGUACUCGGCUGACUAUCUGCGACAUCCGUUUUCGAUUACCACCUUCGAGGAUUAUGUGUACUGGACCGAUUGGGACAAGGAGGCUGUCUUCAAGGCGAAUAAAUUUAACGGCAAGAACAUUGAACCGGUGACGGCACUGCACAUGCUGCAACAUCCGAUGACUAUCCAUGUGUAUCAUCCUUACCGCCAACCGGACGGCACCAAUCACUGCCAGGCGGUGAAUGGGCACUGCUCGCAUCUCUGCCUGCCGGCGCCACAGAUCAACGGCCGGAGCCCGAAAAUAUCCUGUGCAUGUCCGACCGGCCUCAAACUGAUGGAUGACGGUCUCAUGUGCGUGGAAGACGUGAGUGCAACCACCAGGGGUCCACCAAUGCAUGCCCCAUCUCAUCCGUCAUCGGGACCGAGCGCAACCAAAGACAACAAACAGAUCGAGCAUCAUUCCAGUAAUCUGUAUGACAGCAGCAAGGAUAUCAUUGCCUCCUCCACGGUGAACUCAUUGACGUCCUCCUCCUCGUCCUUUUCUACUUCGCUCGAAAACCAGAACUCAUCGUCCGUCACUCAACAAUCAUCAUCAACAUCAACGUCGCACCCUUCGCUCGCUAAUAGCUUGCACAUCGCGGCCAUUUGCAGUAACCUCACGCAAAUCGAUGCUCUGCUCGCGGAACUCAAAUCCAUCAAAACAGUCAACAAAACUGCCCUGCAUCGGUCCUACUUUAACAGACGCCAACGGAUACGACCGCCGCCAGUGGCAAACCGAUCAGGUCGGGAAGAAUCCCUCGGGGACUUGACUGUACAACCGACAACAAUCGCUACUCUGCUGCUUUUCAUCGACGAUCACCUGGACCGUGACGACGAUGAAGGGCCGACAGGACGGCCGACGACAACCGUGACGCCACCGACGACGACGACGACGACGACUGGUGACAGUGACAGUGACAGCCAGGAGACACUGACCGAGUAUCGCUACUGGGAAUUUCGAAAGCGAUUCAACAUGCUGGAGACGCUAUUCACCGACCGGGUGGAAGAUAUUGGCGGACCGGACGGGGGUAAUCGGGACAUUUACGACAGCGAAUUGCAAGCAUCCUACGAGUACGUGCGGUGGCUUUGCCGGCGCUUCCAAGCUACAAUGCGAAAUGGCACCGAUGGUACUAUCAUACAACCGGGAGUGGUGGAACCCGAUUCCGGAUUGGUGGCCAUAAUCGCCAUCGCCGUCAGCUCUACAGUUGUCGCUUUGGUGGCCGUGCUCAUCUACCUUAUCUACCGGAAUCACGUGCACCGGAACUCAACCUCGAUGAACUUUGACAACCCGGUGUACCGGAAAACUACCGAGGACCAGUUCAGCCUGGAGAAGAACCUGCCAAAUCGCAUGUACCCCAGUACGGUGGGUGAAGAGGCCCAGGAACCGCUCAACAAACCGGGCACAAACGACUUCGUCUAACCUCACUUUCACUCUUCUAUUGCCCGAGAGUUAAAAGUGUAACUGCACAACCAACAACAGUGACAGUUAAACCCGAGCAUAAUCACCAUUACCACAACCACCAAAUCGAGAGCAAGACUUGUGUGCGCAUUGAUCACAGUUAAUUAAACACUAAACAAAGCAAGAGUAAUGAUGAGAUAACACAGAAAUGGCGAAAACGGGCCUGAAAUGGUUCCAACGGAAGCAGCAGCUAAUACUCUAUUCAAAAUGGCACUGUCAAAAUUGCAAACUUAAAAACAAAACAAACAAACAAACAACAAGCCAGGCAUGCUACGAUUCGCGAUGGUGUGCUUUUACAGUUGUGUGGCAUGGCAGCAGACGGUGGAGUGGGUUAGUAGGGGAUGCUAAUUGGUUUGCUAGAUAUUUAUGUUUUUCUUUUUUCGUUUGACUCUGGUGAGGUGCAACAUCUUUCCAUUCUUUUUUUUUCUAUCGAUAGUAGAAAUAAUGUAUUGAAUAUUGUGUGUAUUUUUUCGUAGAAAAAAAAAACAAAACUAUAGCAAAUUUUUUUGCACGCAGCUAGCGGAUUUCACUAAUUAAAACUUAAGGUCAAACCAAACUUGUUUUGUUAUUUUGUAAACAAAAAAAAUUAACGCUCAUCAAUUAGUUCGAUAAUUAUAGCAUCGACCGAAGAGCGUAAUUUCGAUCACAAAACCUGCUUAUCGAUUGUUUAUUCGGCCUUAAUCGUACAGCUUCGAGUCGUCGUCAGGUGAAAAAAUUUUAGGCCAAACGUAAAAAUAAUUGUAAAAACAAAACAAGUCAAAGAGGAUUAUUAUUAGCAAAAAACACACAAAUGUUUAAUUAGACUAGAUUAGUGCAGGUGUGCUAAACAGUGGUGUAGAUAUUAUUUUGUUCCAAUGAAACGAUAAAAGAAGUGUUUAAAAAAAAAUGAACAUAAAUCAAAAAAAUCAAAUCCUGCGAAUUCAUAUAAACUUUAUCACUUUAAUAGGUAAUUUUUUUAAACACUCAACUAGAAAAGGAAACAUUGAAGGCAGUUAUGCAGCACGCACAAUUUUGGUUACGAACAAAAAACAGGACUUUAGACUCUAGGUGCUGUCGCAGCAUUCCGCUAAAAACCCUUUCACCGCUUUUUAUAUCAAGAAAGAAGAAUUGGUUUUCUCCCUGCAUGUGUGGCUGAGAAUGCUUCACGGCAGUUGCUUUUUUCUAUCCUCAAAAGUACAGCUCUUCUCUACGGCAUCAAAUAUACUCAACGUUAAGCGCAGCGGCUGGCAGCUUUCGCCAUUUCCUCCAAUCGUUAUGCUCACCGGGAAUAGAAUUUGCUCAAAUGAUUAUCAGAAUAUUUAAACCUGGCAGCGAGCCGUUUUUCCUAGUUCGAAUAAUAAAUAGUAGUCUUUAUGAUAGAGAAUCCAGUACACUCCAACAGAACGAACGCAAGCGUCCGUCUGCAUAAUUUUGCCAAAUUUAGCCUAGUAGAAACAUCGUAGUCAGUUCUUUUAGCGAUGACUGUAUUUUCCUUCUGUUAUUCCUCAACAAAGAGUAAACCUAGGACUUAAAACUAAUUACUUUCCCUCCAAUGUGAAACAGGAGGAAACUAUGAGCAACUAUUUUGAAAAGGAUUAGCAAAAAUUUUAUAACAUAAUUUCCCCUCCAAGAAAAUAUUAAAAAAAAAUCCUGCCAAAUAAUGAAAGGUACAAUUCGGUAUCAACUCAGCACAUCCAUCACCAAACACAACUUCAAACUGUAAACCCUACAUUGAAUGUGUACCAUUAAAGACAAACAACGGUCCGUAUGCUGUUUAGUACAUAAUAUAUACACACUCUAAGUUCAAUAUGUGGUUGGGAAAAAAUAUCAAAACCCUAUAAAAAGAGAUUAACAGAAAUCCACAAACGCGAUCACAACAAUAUCAUCACACUCCCAUUCACAUACAAAUACAAAAACACGCAUACAACACACACGAACGUUCUUAAACCGAAACAAAACUAAACAAAAGAUCAAAAUCCACGAGUCUUUUUUGAUAUUUUGUAAAUAUAAUCGACGCGGUAAACAGACGUGCGAAAAAACAAAAAAAAAAAUAAACACAACAUUAACCCCGAGAAAACCCAUACUCUAAAUUAACGUAAUUUAUUAAGAGAAGAAAAAAAUCUAAACGAUAAAUUCUAUGCAACCAGGCAGUACAUUAGGACAUAACAUGCCCCACGAAAGUAAAAAUUUGAAUAAAAAACUAACAACUGGAAACAUUAGUAGGGCGGGAUGGGCAAAAAGAAACGGAACAGUUUUACUAAAUGGGAUGAGGCAAACAAAAAAAACUUUGGUUGAAUGGAGAGACUAGGAUUACAUCCAGUGAGAAGGGGCUUAUUAUUUUUGUACAUAACGAGUGAAGGCGGACAGCAACUAACUAACAAGAAAACCAACAAACAACAACAGAAGAAAAAACAAGAGAAUAAUUCUAUACAUUGUAAGCGUCGGAAGAAAAUUGAUAAAUGAACAUGGAAUGGUAAUGUACUGUAAUGAAAUAAUAAAAAUAAAAUGAUA